UGACAAGGGAGCAGCGCUCCGCCAUAGCUCCCUCUGUAAGUCUUCUCCGCGCGAUUCUAUCUCCAGGGCCGCAUUCCUCGUCAUCGAUGGCAUCCGUAGCAACAGAGUAGAGGUUUUGGUCGAGAUUUCGGUGGUGAUGGUUUUGGGAGAUUCUCGGCGCUCUCAGCCAUGUUGAAGCGGAGGCAGGGCACUCCUCCAGAGGCUUCCGCCCCGACGAAGCGGCCAAACACGCGAUCCAGGUCCCCCAUUCCCGUGGGGGCGAAUGGGCAGCCACUGGAGGUGAUCCCUGGCAAGGGCGAGACGGUGUCCAAGGUUCCUAGCGUUACCAAGCAGAAGAUUGGGCAGCCCCAUCCGGCCGUCGCCGCUACCGUCCAGGCCGAGCAGGCCGUCAAUAAUCCGGACAGGGAGCUCGAUUCGUCUCGAGCUCCUGGAGCUGACGCUGUCGUUCAGAUUGAGAACAUCUCACACGGCCAGCUCGUCGUGCCGGAUGAGGCGCCCAGUGAUGAUACCAGCACAGUUUCUUCUUCUACUCCGGUUGUUCUUCCCAAGGCUCCAUCGCUAGCUCAGCACAAGCAGCUCAAGCAGCAAGCACACAUCGUUCCAACUCACGCAGGAUGGUUUUCGUGGACUGGCAUUCACACUCUCGAGAAGCGUGGCCUGCCCGAGUUUUUCAACGGGAAGACCAAAAUGAACACGCCGGAGCUCUACAUGGAGUACAGGAACUUUCUCAUACAGAAAUACCGGGAGAAUCCAGAGAAGGUUUUGGCGAUCUCGGACAUCCAGGACUUGGUGGUCGGCGAUCUCAAUUCUGUCCGACGCAUCAUUGAGUUUCUUGACCACUGGGGGCUCAUCAACUAUCACGUAACAACAAGGCCGGGACAGUCUUAUCCUGCUUGGCAGGGAACGCCUCCAAAGGUGGAAGAAAACAAUGCCGGGGAGCUACAUGCUGUCCCGCAUUCCGUGAGCCCUCUUGGAAGUCUGUACCAGUUUGAGACUCCUACAAAGUCUACGUUCCAGACUCACUUGGAUCCUGUCGCUGCGCUUGCCGAAACUUUUGUUUCGGAAGCCUUGGCAUCGACACCAGGUCCGGCAGUCGAGUACCAUUGCAAUGCUUGCUCUGCCGACUGCUCCAAGCGGCGUUAUCACUGCCAAAAACAGGCAGACUUUGAUUUGUGUCCGGAUUGCUACAAUGAUGGAAAGUUUGGCCCGGGCAUGUCGACAUCCGAUUUCAUCCGAUUGGACGCUUUGUCGGAUGCUAAUUCCGAUGAUGGUGGCUGGACGGACCAAGAAACUCUACUGCUGCUCGAGGCGUUGGAGAUGUUCGGCGACAACUGGAACGAGAUUGCCGAGCAUGUAGCGACCAAGUCAAAGGCUCAGUGCAUACUUCACUUCAUAAAAAUGCCUAUUGAAGACUCCUUUCUGGACGAUGUCGAGGCUUCCGCAAGCAUCACUGCGGCCUCAAAGCACACCGAGGAAGACGGAAAGCUGGCAGCAAGAGAGGAUACGGUCUUCAAGGCCAUAAUGGAGGCGUCAGCAUCUAAGGACUCUUUAUCGGGUCCCGACGGCUUGAUAGCUUUCGCUGACGCUGGCAAUCCGGUAAUGGCGCAGGUCGCCUUUCUCGCUGCAAUGGUCGGUCCUCGAGUCGCAGCUGCUGCUGCACAAUCUGCAUUGGCGGCGCUGUCCGAAGGCGAUCCUGCCACGCAACUGGCCGCCAGAGCUACUUUUAUCUUGGAUGAUCCUGCCACAAUUCCUCUUCCACCUUCAUUGGACAGGUCAAAUGGUCCAACAAAGGAUGAGAACGAGGCACCAAAGGAUGAGUCGAAACACAUAGAGGAUGGUGGCGCAGAUCAAACAGACAACGACAAAGAAGCCAAGCCAGAGAAGAAGAAGGCAGACGAGUCUGGUCAUCAGAACGCUCCUUCCGCAGAGCGCAUCCGUAACGCAGCCGCUACAGCUCUUGCAGCGGCAGCGGUCAAGGCAAAGCUACUGGCCGACCAAGAGGAGCGGGAGAUGCAACGUCUAGUGGCCAGUGUGAUCGAGAACCAGCUAAAAAAGCUCGAGACAAAGCUCAAGCAUUUUGGUGAGCUGGAGGUCAUGCUGAAAAAGGAGUACGAGCACAUUGACCGCGCCAGGCAAAAGCACUUUGCCGAGCGCGCUCGGUUGCUACAGUCCCGGAUCGCGCCAAACACAGCGGCCGGGGAGAUGCCGUCGGGGCAGCAGCAGCAACAGCAACAACAACAACUUCAGCAGCAGCAGCAGCAGCAGCAGCAGCAGCAGCAGCAGCAAAUCCAGCAGCAUCAAAUGCAGCAAAUCCAGCAACAACACCAGCAGCAACAGCCAUUAUCGUCCCUCUCACCGCUAACUUUUAACAGGCCGGCUGCGCUCAUGGGCCAAGUAGUUCCAGGUCCGAGCACCCUGAGCAGCAUGGCAGCAGCAGCAGCAGCUGGAGGAGGUGGUCCUCCUUCGUCGCUUGCUGCCUCGAGCUCUCAAAGGCAGCAGUUUGGGUUUGGAUCGUCGGGACUGACAGGAUUGGCACCCUCAGCGGCAGAAGCUCCGGCCAGACCUCCGUUUCCCUCGGCAAACAACACAGCGUGAUCAUCGUAAAGCGCGAGCCAGUCACAAAGAGAGACGGUGGACACAAGCGUGGACUAUGGAAGUUCUUGGUUCUUGAGGGGAGGAGCUAGUUCUCGAAGAGGAGAGAGAUUUGUGACUCGUAUACUCGAGUUCUUCCAAAGCUUGUCACCGGCUUCAGAACAAAUGGAUAUCGAGCAACCAUCUCUUGUAACCAUUAAAAAGGAAGAUUAGUGUAUAACAUAAUCACAAUCGAUUAAAUUUUGGACGAUUAAA